GCAAAGAUGUACAGAGCGGAUUGGCCGGAAGGCAAGUCCAGCCCCGUUCCUUGACAUCCACCGCGCACGCAAACUUUAACGAACGACAUGUUGAUCUUCUCCACUCAACACUCAAUAUGCCUCCAACAGCCUUUCACAUAUGAUGUCACGCCAACACUCAUCCCAAACACUUUCCACUUAACCCCGUCCCACCAGCGAAUGGACCCCUCUCUCAAAUGGUGACCUAGGUACCUGCACACAUCACAAACCAUGGCCGAGACCAAACAAGCCCUCGACGCAGCGACGCUCAAAGCCUUCGAGCACGCCGCCGCAGGCCACGAUGGCGUCCUCUCCUCCGCCGCAGGCGACCUGCUCAUCAAACCCUGCACGCAGGCAGAGGUAGACUUCUACCAGUCCACGCUCACCCAACACCCGGACUUUGCAGAAAUGAUGCCGACCUUCCUGGGCACACUCACGCUCGGCGAACCAGCUCAACUCACCAAUCCAACGGCUCUACACGAACCCGCGGAAAUCCUACGCCAGCAGGACGCUUCCGGGACGGGCCAGCCGGGCAAAAAGCUCAAAACGGAUACGGCGAUUGUGCUGGAGAAUCUCGAAGCGGCGUUCCGCCACGCCAACGUGCUGGAUCUCAAGCUCGGCGCGCGGCUGUAUGCCGACGGGACGGAGGCGGACAAAGCUGCGCGGCUGGACCAAGUGGCGGCCGAGACGACGAGCGGGUCGUUGAACUUCCGCAUUGCGGGCAUGAAGGUGUGGAAUGGGGUGGAGUACGACAAGUACGACAAGCUAUACGGCCGGAAGUUCCGCGCGGGCAAUGUGCUGGAGGGGUUUGCUACGUUUUUCGCGGGGCUGAGUACGGCGUUGGAAGCGCACGAGGCGCAAUUGCUGCUUGAGACAAUUUUGGCCGAGGUCGCGAAGGUGCGGCAUAUGCUGCAAAAGUACGAGUCGCGCAUGUACAGCGCGAGUGUGCUGGUGGUGUACGAGGGGGAUGGGGAGGCGUUGCGGGCGCUGAUGAGCGGGGGUGGAGAGGCGAAGGUCAAGACUCCGAUGGCGGAUGAGCGGGCGCCGACGGAGGCGGAGGUGAAGGAGAGUGUGGAUCAGGAGGAGGAGGAAGAGGAGGAGGAUGGGGGUCCGCCGGUGGCGUUCAAGGUGCGGGUGAUUGAUUUUGCGCAUGCGGAGUGGACGCCUGGCGAGGGGCCGGAUGAGAAUGUGCUCAAAGGGUUGAACAGUAUUGAGGACCAGCUGGAUGAUUUGAUCGCGCGGUUCGACUGAGCGCGAGCCAUGUACGAUGCGACUUUGUGGGAAGGACAGGGGAAAG